CAUCACUUAUCAACUAAACAACAAAACCCCAUCGAGUUUUCAUACACAAACAACACACAACAGCUGUAAUGGAUUCUUGGGUUCGGGUUUUGAUCCUCCUAGGAUGCCUAUUUCCGGUUUUGGUCCAAUGCAGAGUUCGCCACUACAAAUUUAACGUGGUGAUGAAAAAUACUACUCGGCUCUGCUCAACCAAAUCUAUUGUCACGGUCAAUGGAAAAUUUCCAGGUCCCACUAUUUACGCUAGAGAAGACGACACGGUGCUUAUCAAGGUGGUGAACCAUGUUAAGUACAAUGUGUCCAUCCACUGGCAUGGAAUCAGACAACUUCGAACAGGGUGGGCAGAUGGACCAGCAUAUAUCACCCAAUGCCCUAUCCAGCCAGGGCAAAGCUAUGUGUACAAUUUCACUAUCACAGGCCAACGGGGCACCCUCCUCUGGCACGCACAUAUUCUAUGGCUAAGGGCCACCCUCCAUGGCGCCCUCGUCAUAUUGCCUAAGCUUGGUGUCCCCUAUCCUUUUCCCAAACCUAACCAUGAAAGAGUUAUCAUCCUCGGUGAAUGGUGGAAAUCAGACACGGAAGCUGUCAUCAACGAGGCUCUGAAAUCCGGCCUAGCACCAAAUGUUUCCGAUGCUCACACAAUCAACGGCCAUCCGGGGCCUGUUCCGAAUUGUUCUUCCACAGAUGGCUUCAUACUAGACGUCGAACCCGGCAAAACCUACUUGCUCCGCUUGAUCAAUGCUGCACUCAAUGAAGAACUCUUCUUCAAGAUUGCAGGCCACAGAAUGACGAUCGUGGAAGUGGACGCCACUUACGUAAAACCCUUCAAGACCGACACAAUCGUGAUUGCCCCAGGGCAAACAACCAACGCAAUCUUGACGACAGAUAGAGCCGUCGGCAAGUACAUGGUGGCGGCGUCUCCCUUCAUGGACACGCCGGUGGUAGCGGUGGACAAUUUGACAGCCACCGCCACGUUACAUUACUCAGGCACACUUUCCAGUUCUCUCACAACUUUCACAAGGCCACCAGCCCAAAAUGCCACCCCAGUUGCCAACAAUUUCACCAACUCCCUCAGGAGUUUAAAUUCCAACAAGUAUCCAGCGAAAGUACCGCAGAAAGUUGAUCAUUCUCUCUUUUUCACUGUCGGGCUGGGGAUCAAUCCCUGCCCCACGUGUAAGGCUACAAACGGAAGCCGAGUCGUGGCGGCUGUAAACAACGUCACGUUUGUGAUGCCCACCAUUGCUCUCUUGCAAGCACAUUUUUUCAAUAUUAAGGGAGUUUUCACCACGGAUUUCCCAGGGAACCCGCCGUUUGCUUUCAAUUACACAGGCAGCCCGCCGGCAAAUCUUGGGACUACAAAUGGAACAAAGCUUUACAGGCUACCUUACAAUGCUACAGUCCAGGUGGUUCUGCAAGAUACCGGGAUAAUUGCUCCUGAAAACCAUCCCAUUCAUCUGCAUGGAUUCAAUUUCUUCGUAGUAGGCAGAGGAUUAGGAAAUUUCAACCCGAAAACUGAUCCAAAGACGUUUAAUCUUGUUGAUCCUGUGGAGAGGAACACAAUUGGAGUGCCAUCUGGUGGAUGGGUAGCCAUCAGAUUCCUUGCAGAUAAUCCAGGAGUUUGGUUCAUGCAUUGCCAUUUGGAAGUGCACACGACAUGGGGGCUGAAAAUGGCUUUCUUGGUGGACAACGGAAAGGGCCCUAACGAGGUUCUUUUGCCACCUCCUAAAGAUCUGCCUAAAUGUUGAAUUUGAAUAUACUGAUUAUUUUUUAGUCUCAACUGUAAAAAUGGAGAGUUUUAUUUCCUGGCCAAAAAUGGAGUCUGGAGAGGCAAUCGUUAAGGGGAAAAUUAUAGUUAUUGUGCGCGAGCACUGAGAGCAAACAUCUAUUUGUUUCUUGAGUAAAGAAUAGUUUUGCUCAAGUUGAUUGAAGUCAAUAAGUAUACAUGAAUGGAUUUAUAUAAAGAUUCUGCAAAAUUUUAUACAAAAA